CAUUUGGUCAUUGCGUUAUUUGUGAUCUGUUAUUUGAUAUAAUAAGCUUAUGUCAAUUUCGUAUGAUCCGGCAUCCGCGAUAACAAAGAUUUUAAAACUUAAAUAUACACAAUUUUCGAAUAUAUUUUUAAUGUGAUUUGAGGAGCAUGACUUUCUCAUUAAUUUAUUGCCUACUAUAUACAUAAUGCAAAAUGAAUUAUUAAAAAAUAAAAUCAUUUGUCAUAAUUGUGCCAGCACAGGAUAUACCUUAUCUAAGCCAUGCCUGCUGUUAAUUCUCAAUAUAGUUCCUACAUAUUAGGACUAACUUUAGCAAUAUCAUCUAGUAUUUUUAUAGGGUCUAGUUUUGUAAUAAAGAAAAUAGCUCUGAAUAAGAUUACAGCUAAAGGAAACCUACGAGCAUCCGCUGGCGGAUUUUCAUAUUUAAAACAAUGGAUGUGGUGGUUAGGAUUAGCUACAAUGGGCCUAGGAGAAGCAGCAAAUCUAUUGGCUUAUGCAUUUGUACCAGCAUCUCUGGUUACUCCUCUGGGUGCAUUAAGUAUACUCGUUACAGCAAUUUUAUCGUCUAAAUUUCUUGAUGAAAAGCUGCAUUUUUUGGGAAAGAUUGGAUGCAUUCUGUGUGUGAUUGGAUCUGUGAUAUUGAUUCUACAUGCGCCAAAAAGUGAUGUUAUUACCAAUUUCCCUGAUAUAAUAACUAGACUAAGCGAUAGCAUUUUUAUAUUUUAUGUGUGCACUGUAUUUAUUUUAGUUGUGAUAGUCAGAACAUUUUUUGCUCCAAAAUAUGGCAAAACAAACAUAACAAUUUAUUUAAUUAUAUGUUCAGCUAUAGGUAGCCUGACAGUAGUCUUUUGUAAAGCAGUGGCUUUAGGUAUUAAAGAUGGAAUCAAUAUUUAUGAUACCAGUAUAUAUACAUUUUUUGUACUGUUGGUUAUGGCUGUUUUUGGAAUAAUGGUACAAUUAAAUUAUUUAAAUAAGUCGAUAGAUAUCUUUAGUACAACUAUUGUUACACCAGUGUAUUAUGUGAUGUUUACUACUUUAGUAAUAUUAGCAUCUAGUAUUUUGUUUAAAGAAUGGCAAAAUAUGGAGAACAAAGAUGUUAUUGGUUGUGUGUUUGGUUUUAUCAUGUUAAUCAUUGCUGUAUUUACAUUAAAUAUGUUUAAGGAUUUAAAAAAUGUUAAUUAAUACCAAUUUAUAAAGUAACAAUUAUUUAGUUAAAUUAAUGAAUAAACACAAAAACACUUUAAA